GCAAGACCACAUCCGGAUCCAGCAGCGUUUGUGUGCUUGACGUCGGACAGGCUGGACCGAACGGACCGGGAGCACCGACCGGGACAUCCGCAUUAUCUUGCGGCGGUUUGAGAGCUGAGAGGCCCGGGAGGGAUAACGAGCGGGUCGGUGCAGUGGAGCCGGGUUGCGGUGGAUGCUGGCGGCUGCACGGAGGACCAACUCAGAGACAUGUACCAGGUCCAGCUGGUUCGGGAGCAGCAGGAGAGUCGACCUCUGCUGAGUCCUUCCAUCGAGGACUUCCUGUCAGAGAGCCGGAGCGACGCCCCCUCGACCCGCCCCCUCACCUCCAACACAGCAGUUCCUUCCACAGCUCUGGCCCUGGUGGACCUCAGUGAGCCGGCGGUCAGCAGUGGGGGGGGUGGCGGACCAGAGGAGGACCAGAGGAGUCCUCUCAGGAGGAAGGGCAGCUCCAGGACCCCUCAGCGCCGGACCAGACCAGAUGAGACGGAGCUCGUCCAGGUGGAGGUGGACCACCUGCCUGCCAGCCCCAGAACCCCUGAGAGGGUCUCCCUGGACUCAGCAGCCGGUCGGUCGUCCCCUCUGGACAAAUGGGACGAGGUGAACCUGGACGUGGAGGACGGGGGACGCAGGAGCAGACUCGAGAAGAGAUGCACUCCCCAGCACUCCUCCAGUGAACUGCUGUGGUCUGCAGAGUUUAAAUUAGAUCCUCGAACAAAGAACUCCUUCGACAUCCACAGCUUCCACGAGCUGGACUUCACGUCCUCCCCACAGGACUGUGCUGCGUCCAGACAGCGCAGACGGACUCGUUCCCUUCUAGGCAGAAAUGAGUCUCUGGAGGACGAGUUUGUCAGAGCGAAGGCUGCUGUGGAGUCGGACACAGAGUUCUGGGACAAGAUGCAGGCCGAGUGGGAGGAACUGGCUCGGAGGAACUGGCUGGAGGAGUCUGAGGGUCAGGGGUCGACCCCGCCCACCGGCUCACCUGUGGAGAAGGGUUACCCCUUCAACCCCAACAACCCGUACAGAGACUGGCCCAGCGCCUUCGCCGAGGGUCAGGAGAAAGCUCGGGACGGGGACCUGAACGCCGGCGUGCUGCUGCUGGAGGCCGCCAUCCUGCAGGACCCCCGGGACUCUGAGGCCUGGCAGCUUCUGGGGACGACGCAGGCGGAGAACGAGAACGAGGCGGCCGCCACCGCAUCGCUGCAGAGGUGUCUGGAGCUCCGCCCCAACAACCUGCCGGCUCUGAUGGCGCUCGCCGUGAGCUUCACCAACAGCGGCAUGCAGCGGGAGGCCAGCGAAGUUCUGCGCCGCUGGAUCGGCCACAACCCCCGGUACAAACACCUGGUCCUGGACCACAGGGGCCCGCUACGGGGGUCCCCGGCCACACUGCACAGGGGCCCCCGAACCGCCACACCGGCCAGGGCUGAACUGCAGGACGUCCUGCUCCUCUUCCAGGAUGCAGCUCUCUUGAAUCUGGACUCUGUGGAUCCAGACCUGCAGACCGGACUCGGGGUCCUCUUCAACCUCGGCUCCGACUUCAACAGAGCGGUGGAGGCUUUCACUGCAGCCCUGUCCGUCAGACCACAGGACUACCUGCUGUGGAACCGUCUGGGAGCGACGUUGGCCAACGGGGACCGCAGUGAGGAGGCCGUGGAGGCGUACACCAGAGCUCUGGAGCUGCAGCCCGGGUUCAUCCGGUCCAGAUACAACCUGGGGAUCAGCUGCAUCAACCUGGGGGCUCACAGGGAGGCGGUCAGUAACUUCCUGACGGCUCUGAACCAGCAGAGGCGGAGUCAGCUGCAGCCCAUCAGCAGAUGUCGUGCGAACAUCUGGGCCGCUCUGCGAAUCGCCGUCUCCAUGAUGGACCGAGCCGAGCUGCUCCAGGCCGCCGACGCCGAGGACCUGGACCUGCUGAUGAGGGCCUUCGAUGUGGGCGAUGUCUGAUGGGGGCGCGGGGGUCUCCUAGUUGGACUGAGAGAUGUUCACAGGAGACGCUGGAUGUGGACCGUCGGCGGCUUUGCAAUAUAAACAGCACGACCCUUUAGCUUCCUGUCUGAGGCCUGGGGGGCGGAGUCUCUCUCGGAACACACGCAGGUCUUUUCUAUUCGCUCGUAUCUGAGUCCUCUGUUGUUUACCCGUUGAGUCCGUUUCCUCGCCUCGUUGUUUUGAAUUCUCCACGUUUGUAACAAUAAAACAAACCAACAACCCUAAAGGCCCCGCCCCCUUUUCCUGGAAGGCUUUUAUUGUGAAACCUAAGCUAAAUGAAACUAUCGGUUAGUGAUGCUUCACACUGAAACACUUUAUUGUCAAUCUUCCAGGCAUUAAAUAUUACAUUUAAUUGGAAGAAGCAGCUUCUACUCACCUGGCAGGUGUCGGACAUCUUUAAUACAAAGUUAUUAAUGACGUCAUCGAUGAUUCAAUAUCCCAAAAUAUGAAGAUUAUUAUUUAAAGUAUCUUCUGAAAUGUUUCAGUAGAACACUGAACAACUUUUUAUUAUCUGAUUCAUUAACAAUAAUAAACACUUUUUCUAUUUAAAAGUGUUUCAUAAAAUAUACAUUCAGCUUAGGACGAGUUCCUGAUUUGAGUCUGAUCAAAGAAUAAUUAAAUGAUUAAAUAUAAAUGUCAGCUUUCAGAAGUUUAAACCAUUAUUAUUUAAUAUUGAAGAGGAACUAAAGUCUGAAGGGUUUCUACCUCGAACCUUCGAUGACAAACACUUGUAAUAAUUCAGGAUAUUAUUAAAUACAUAAUAAAGGAUUUAGUUCCUCUUUAAAUUAGAUUUAAAAUUCACUUUUAAAUCCCAAACAUAACUUUGAAAACUGACUUUUUAACCGUUAAUGUUGCUGCUAAACGUUUAAGUCAUAACCGUUUUGCUUUGGGAUGAAGAGGAGCUCUGGGAGGUCGGUGACGAAGAGGAGGGGUGCAAGACCUCAUCGUCCAAUCAGGUUCUUCUUCCCUUUAAACUCUAAAAGCCAUAAAACAUAAAACCCCUCCACAGAUUAUUAACGAAGCAUGAAACUUAAAUGUCCUGCAGGAACUCUUUAGAACCUUUUUACCCUCCACUGUUCACUCUGUAUUUUAUUUUGGCGGUCUGUUCGUCCCACCUCCUCUGGCUUCAGUUUCACACCUGUAGCAGUUUAGUCUAUUUACACUAUUAACGAGCACAUUUAACCUUAAUAUUGAGCAAUAUUUAACGUAUUCCUGUUCAUCCAGGGUCGCUUCAGUUGGUUUCAGGGUCAGAGGUCAUUUAGAGGUCAUUUAGAGGUCAUUGAGUCAAAUUGAACUAAAAGUAGUUUUGUUCAAACGUCGGGGACGUUCUUUAACUCUUUGUGCUCACCUUUAUUAAUUAUCGUCAAGCUUUCCUUGGAGCCAUGUUUGACUUGAUCGGUCGGUCGAUCGUGUUGAUUGAUUGGUCGGUGAUUCAUCAAUUGAUUGAUUGGUUGGUUGAUUGGUCGGUGGUGAUUGA